AAACACACACACGUUUAAAUGUUGUGUGCGUUAGGUGUGUAAAGGAGUGUUUGAAGAGUACGUGCGUGCGUCCUACCCGAGUGUGCGUUUUUGUUUGAUGCUGAUACGGAGAUUAGAUUAAGUUUGUGAGGUUACCUGUUUGGGCUCACUAACUGGCCGGCGAGGCGAGAGAGCGGAGCGGCGUGGCAGUGCAGUGAACCCAAAGCCUGGAAACAACAACAAAACAUUCACCAAAAUAUUAACGAGGCCUCUGCAAAGUGAAGAAGCCUGGCAACACGCUGGCGGUGGAGGACUUGAGGAAAAGAAAAGAGAAACGAAAAGCCGCUGUGUGAAAAGGGACAUUAGUAAAGAAAGGAGGCGUGAACUGAACUUACUCGACACAGACAGUACUUCGCAAGGCACUGGAAAAGAAAAAACAGGAGAGGAGGAAACCAUCUUGUAUGAACGAUCGCUGAAGGAAAUUUUGCAGCUAAGGAGAUAAACUAGAGGAGAGGGAACCAAAGCGUGUGUGUGUGUGUGAGUGGGACAGGAAGAAGAAAGGAAGGAGAGAAGGAAGGAGGGGGAGAAGGAGAGAUAAAAGAAAGGAAAAGGGGAGAAAAGGAAGGAAGGAGGGAAGGAGAAAGAGAAGGGACGCUUUUGUGUGUGUGUGUGUGUGUGUGUGUGUGUGAGUCGCCGCCACAAUGAUAAUCAAGGCUGUGUCGAGCGUGGUGAAGGUGAAGGUGGACCUCAAGCCGGUGGUGGACAACUUGGUCUUCAAACUACACUACCGUUACACUUACAUCUUCUUCCUGGUGGCUACGGCGCUGGCCACCCUCUACGAUGUCAUUGGUGAGAAGAUCGACUGCCUGACGGAUAUAGACUCGGACUCGUACAAAGAUGCCGUGAACAGCUACUGCUUCAUCAUGGGCACCUUCACCGUGGACCGCCUGCACAGCCUCAAGGAGGGCUCACAGGUGCCUCAUCCCGGCGUGGGGCCACCUGAGGCUACGGACUCCAUUACCUACCACACCUACUACCAGUGGGUGCCCUUCGUCCUCUUCGUGCAGGGCGUGCUGUUCUACGUGCCGCACUGGCUCUGGAAGAAGUGGGAGGGCGGCCUCUUCAAGAGCAUCAUCCAGAAUCUUUCCCUCAAGGACUACCUCGGCGAUGAACUAAAAAACUACUUCGGGAAGAAGCAAGGGUUCGAGACUCUGUCCAAGUACGUGACCCGCACGAUGCACAGACACAGGAUGUGGGCGUACCGCUACUUCUUCUGUGAGUUCCUCAAUCUGGUGGUAGUGGUGGGCAUGCUGUUCUUCACCGACUUGUUCCUCGGCGGCGAGUUCCUCAAAUACGGCACCAAGGUGUUCGAGGUGGCUGGUCUGGACCCUGAGAACCGCACGGACCCGAUGUCGUACGUGUUCCCGCGGAUGGCCAAGUGCACCUUCCGGAGCUACGGCGCCUCGGGGACCAUUCAGAUCAGGGACGUGAUGUGCCUCAUCGCCACCAACAUCAUCAACGAAAAGAUCUACCUGUUCCUGUGGGUGUGGCUCGUGUUUCUCACCGCCCUCACCUCUGCCUGGAUGCUCUACAGACUCUUCACCCUCAUCCUGCCGCCCUUCAGGAACUUCCUCCUCAUGCAACUAACUGAUUCCGCGAGCCAAGACCUCCUGCGCGAGAUACUGCGAUACACCAACGUCAGCGACUGGUUUCUGCUGUACAGCCUCGCCAAGAACAUGGAGCGAAGCGUGUUCUCGGAGUUCGUUAUCGAAUUGCACAAGGAAUUCUACCACUCAGACGACAAAGAAGCACUGAAGGAGGAGCUCAGAAGGGAAGACUCGGUGCCGGAGGAGAAGCCGAGCAGGGUGGCGUUGUAUGCUGAGGAGACAGUAAAGCAUCGCAGCGGUAAAGCUUCAUCAGCCACAAUGUCGGUCAGUGCCUUCGCUAAGAUCAAGGUGAAGGUGGACGUGAAGCCGGUGGUGGAGGGCUUCGUGUUCCGCCUCCACUACCGCUACACCUACCUCUUCUUCAUGAUCGCCACCCUCCUCAGCUCGCUCUACGGCCUUGUGGGCAAGAAGAUCGACUGCAUGACCGGUAUUAGCUCAGAUUCCUUCAACAACGUGGUCAACAGCUACUGCUUCAUCAUGGGCACCUUUACCGUGGACCGCCUGCACAGCCUCAAGGUGGGCUCACAGGUGCCUCACCCCGGCGUGGGGCCACCUGAGACUACGGACUCCAUCACCUACCACACCUACUACCAGUGGGUGCCCUUCGUCCUCUUCAUGCAGGGGCUGCUGUUCUACGCGCCUCACCUGCUCUGGAAGCGGUGGGAGGGCGGCCUCUUCAGGCAGCUCGUCCAGAACCUCUCCGUCAGGGACUACCUCGGCUCAAACCUCAGCAACUACUUCAACAGGAAGCAGAUGAUCGACAUUCUGUCCAAGUACGUGAGCCACACGAUGCGUGGGCACAGGGCGUGGGCGUACCGCUUCUUCUUCUGUGAGUUCCUCAACCUGGUGGUGGUGGUGGGCAUGCUGUUCUUCACCGACUGGUUCCUCGGCGGCGAGUUCCUCAAAUACGGCACCAGCGUGUUCGAAGUGGCUCGUCUGGACCCCGAGAACCGCACGGACCCGAUGUCAUACGUGUUCCCGCGGAUGGCCAAGUGCACCUUCCAGAGCUUCGGCGCCUCGGGGACCAUUCAGAUCAGGGACGUGAUGUGCCUCAUCGCCACCAACAUCAUCAACGAAAAGAUCUACCUGUUCCUGUGGGUGUGGCUCGUGUUCCUCACCGCUUUCACCUCCGCCUGGAUUCUCUACCGAAUCCUCACCCUCAUCCUGCCGCCCCUCAGACUCCGCAUCCUUCAGGCCCGCGUGCUCCCGUCUGUGAGGCAAGAGGUGAAGGCUGUAGUGAGCUGGGCCUCCGUGAGCGACUGGUUCCUCCUCGUCAGUCUCGCCAAGAACAUGGAGCGGAGCGUCUUCUCAGAGUUCAUCAAGGACUUCGCGGACACACAUAACUCCCGACCUUACUCCCCCGCCCCGACGCCCACCGAUGACCUCGAGAAGUCGCCGCUCUAGUUUUAGGAGCUUGUAGGAGACGCCGUGCCUAGAAAUCUUCACUUUUUUUUUUCUUUUACUUCCCAAUGCGACGGAGAUGAGCACCGCAGCCACGCGCAGCUAUGGCAUAUGCAGCCAACUUUACCUUACCUUACUUUUUCUGCUACUUCUAUUUCUACAGCUUCAUUUUCUUCUUCCUUACUUGCAGCGUUUUUUUUCUUCUGCGUUUUCUUAUUCUUCUUUUUCGUUUUCAUUCUCAGUAUUUUUGUUUUCUUCUAUUUCUUCUUCUUUUUCUACUUCUUCUUUUUCUUCUUCUUCUUCUUCUUCUUCUUCUUCUUCUUCUUCUCCUCCUAUUUCUUCUUCUUUUUCAUCAUCCUGCAUUCCUUUUCUUCUUUUCUGCCGUCUUUUUCUUGUGGCUUAUCCCACUUUACUUUCUCCUUUACUUAAGCACAUUGUGAUACUCUCAUAGUCAGUGAUGUUACUUUGAGGGAUAAUAAAAAUAUGGUUAACGGUACAUUUGAUUUAUUGUUUUGUAAUUGUGUGUUAUAAUAUAGAAUGAUGAGUCUUCCAGUUUAUCGUUUUCAUUGUCCAUUUAUCACAGUAACACGUAUAUAAAAAGUGUUAAGUAUAGUGACAAGCCAUGCAUUCUCAGACACCUUCGGCUCUCAACAAUAAAUAUUUACAAAGGUCACAAAACAGAUUAGUUAGCCCGGUAGCUGCUGGGAUCAUGUUUCUUAAAGGCGAGAAAAAUGAGAAAAAAAUCAUCACUCACGCAAACCAUUCCAUGAUAUAUAUCAACGCAUUUGUGAUCAGUUUAUGCAUCAUCUAUUUUUUGGGGUUUAUAUCAUAGCAAAAAUUUGGGCCGUCGCUGGUACACGGUAAAGCCACAAAUUUGGCCCGUCGCUGCUACCGGGUUAAGUUCUCAUGAGUGAUUUUUUUCUACAUUCAUGGUGCAGCAGAAGCCUUGUCAAACUACCGCUAGGCUCAUAAAACUAUCAAUGGAAAUACUAACACAACCUCUACGAAAGUCUUAUCACAUGUGGGUGGGUGUGCCCCGAUAUAAGUUUGAGAAUAUGAGGCAAUGACAGACGGAUAUUGGUCCAUAGUUUAAUUGAUAACUCUGGAAAUAUAUAAUCGUUUUUCUGUCAUCACCUGUCUCGGCGAUAACACGGCGUCCUCGAUAAUGGUUUCUUUAUUAAUCACACUAUCUCACCAUUAUCACUACUCUUUGGACUCCACUAUCACCAAUCGACACCACAAUGAGUACGAAGAGGGAAGAAAACGACAGAGGACAAUAAAGAAUGGGCGGACACACACACACACACGCACACACACACACACACACACGAAGGUACAAGUUACACCCCAAAGACCUACCUACCUACCUAGCCAUCCACCUACCUACCUAUCUACCUACCUCUCACGUUACUAGUUUAAGCUUGUGUGUAAAUAAUCCUUUUCACACUGUUAAAAUAAAGCUGGAAUGCAAGUUAUACCUCAAAGAUCAUAAAACUUUCACGUUGUUAAGCUCAAGCACAAGUUAAGCCGCCGUAUGCCGCGCUUGUGUCCCUAACUCAAUGUAACCUAUCCAUUACCUUCCUAAUUCAAGGUAAUCCAUCACCUCCCCACCCUAAAUCAAGGUAACCUAUCCCUUACCUCCCUAACUUAAAGGUAUCCUAUCCUAUAUGUCCCUAACUCAAAGUAACUCGUCUCUAACUCAAGGUAAUCCAUUCUCUCUAAAUCCCUAAGACCUCCUAAAUCAAGGUAACCCAUCCAUCACCUGUAAUACAUCCUUUAACAUCCCUAACUCAAGGUAAUCCAUCCUCUCUAAAUCCCUAAAACCUCCUAAAUCAAGGUAAUCCAUCCUCUCUAAAUCCCUAAAACCUCCUAAAUCAAGGUAACCCAUCCUCUCUAAAUCCCUAAAACCUCCUAAAUCAAGGUAAUCCAUCCUCUCUAAAUCCCUAAAACCUCCUAAAUCAAGGUAAUCCAUCCUCUCUAAAUCCCUAAAACCUCCUAAAUCAAGGUAAUCAAUCCA